AUGAGUGAUGCUUUGUGCGGACCAUCAAAUGCCUUGCAAAAUUUCCAGAAACAUGCAUCUGUUGAUAGGACUCUUCAACAGGAUCGGCUGAUCUCCCGGCAGUCGCCCUCUCAGGGCUUUAGAUCACAGAAUUCGAGCGACGGUGUCCUAGAUUCCGAGUUUACUACUUUUGAGUCCAAUCAAGCCGGACCAUCUCUUCCCAAUCUACAACAUUCAGGACCUUUCUCAACACACACCCCCCAGCUUCCGGUGGCCAGCCAUGCCGAGAAUGUGACCUGGGCCGCAGACUUUCAGAGACUACAGAUCUCAGGACCUUCCCAUCCCGUCCAGCAGCAUCAUGGCCCGUCUCCAGCGUCGGCGAUGUCACAACAAGGUUGGCACAAUGAAUUCCUGAAUCAACAGCAGCAACGCCCAGCACCUAUCCAGCAGCAUCAGCAGUAUACCGGAGGCUUCCAACCGUCUUUCUCACACCAUUAUCCCACGCAUGGAGGGGUAAUGAACGCUCUGCCCUCUGUACAUGAGACGGCAACCAACCAGCAACAGGCCACAGAGACAUUUGAUGAAUCGGCUUUCGAAGCUGCAUUUGAACAAGCGAGAGCGGACAUGGCCUUGCAGGAAACGAACUUAACGGGGGAAAAGGUUGAGCCUGUCAGCGAGACGAUCGAGCCGGAUUUAAGCACUGCUCAAGAGCCCCCGGAGCAAAUCAAGAUCGGGUCAGAUACUAUACCACAAAUUGACAAGAACGACCCGCUAAGCCGGCUUGACGAUGCGGAUGACCUCGCUAGGACCGCAGGACAAUUACUUGAUAGUGUCAGCCACGAUCAGAGCGAAAAGUUCAGACAGAGUAAUUUCCUCGCGCUGAUGCGUCGCAUCCGGGAUCGCGAAGUUCAAAUCGAGGGUGACGAGUUUCGUGAAACGUCGCAGUCACUACAUCCUGGCGGUAAAUAUUAUCCCGGUGGCCAGCAACAAUCGCAGCAGCAACAGACAUCAAUACCACCACAUCAGUUUGAGCCCGGUAGCGUUGCAUUCAGCGAUAUCAUGCACCUGUUGGACAUCAAUCGAAGGCCUGACGCAAUGCAAUGUGCCAAGCAGAUCCUCCGCAAGUGA